UGAUGUCAUAUCCGUUGUGCAUGGUUCAAUACCUCGUUUGCAACCCUUGUUUCGCUCUGGUCUAGUUGAAACUUUUUUGUAGACAUUAAUGUCUACAGCGGUGUUCUGUAGCGCCUGCACGCAAGAGCCCUAGGAGCGGUGUAAUGAAUGUGGAUCUAUUCGUCUUGUUCCAUUGGGGCGCUUUAAUCGCAGGGCAUAUUCUAGUAGCAAUACUGACACGGUCCCGCAGUGAAGGCUGCGCGUGAGUAAGCGACUAAAGUGCAACUGCUACCAGAAUGCGGGCACUGCUCAGAGUCCUAAAUCCCCUGCUUUUCCUAAUGCUCUUCGGAUUAUAUCCGUCAAUGACCAUUGGACCAAAGGAGGGCUGGCAGGUGUACAGCUCCGCCCAGGAUGCCGACGGGCGGUGCAUCUGCACCGUGGUGGCCCCCGAACAGAACCUCUGCUCCAGAGACGCCAAGAGCAAGCAGCUCCGUCAGCUACUGGAGAAGGUACAAAAUAUGUCACAGUCAAUAGAAGUGCUGAACUUGCGAACACAGAGGGAUUUUCAGUAUGUCAUAAAAAUGGAAAAUCAGAUGAAAGGACUGAGGACUAAAUUCAGGCAAAUCGAGGACGACAGAAAAACUCUAAUGACCCGAAAUUUUCAGGAGCUUAAGGAAAAGAUGGAUGAACUGCAGCCUCUCAUCCCAGUUCUGGAGCAGUAUAAAACAGACGCCAAGCUAAUCUCACAGUUCAAAGAGGAGAUCAGGAACCUGUCUGCAGUGCUGACAGGGAUCCAGGAGGAAAUUGGUGCCUAUGACUAUGAGGAGCUGCACCAGAGAGUCAUAAGUCUGGAGAGCAGGCUAAGGAACUGCAUGAGCAAACUAACAUGUGGAAAAUUAAUGAAAAUCACUGGACCUGUAACAAUAAAGACAUCGGGGACGAGAUUCGGGGCAUGGAUGACUGAUCCAAUGGCAACUCAAAGAAACAACAGGGUAUGGUACAUGGAUGGUUAUACAAAUAAUAGGAUAGUUCGUGAGUACAAGUCAAUGGAUGACUUUGUAUCUGGGGUGGAAUCACGAACCUACAACCUUCCUUUCAAAUGGGCUGGGACCAACCAUGUAGUGUACAACGGCUCCCUCUAUUUUAACAAGUAUCAGAGCAACAUCAUUGUCAAGUACAGCUUUGAGACAGGACUGAUCCUGGCCCAAAGAGCAUUGGAGUAUGCUGGCUUCCACAAUGUCUACCCUUACACCUGGGGAGGUUUCUCAGACAUUGACCUCAUGGCCGAUGAGCUGGGCCUAUGGGCCGUGUAUGCCACCAAUCAGAAUGCAGGCAACACUGUCAUCAGCCAAUUGGAUCCUCAGACCCUGGAGGUUCUGAAAACCUGGAAUACGGAGUACUCCAAAAGGAAUGCUGGGGAGUCUUUCAUGAUAUGCGGAACACUCUACAUUACCAAUUCCCACCUGACUGGGGCCAAAGUCUACUACUCAUAUUCCACUAAGACCUCCACCUACGAGUAUAUGGAUAUCCCCUUCCAUAAUCAGUACUUUCACAUUUCCAUGCUUGACUACAAUGCCAGGGAGAGGGCCCUCUAUGCCUGGAACAACGGCCACCAAGUGCUGUUCAAUAUCACACUUUUCCACAUCAUCAAAACGGAGGAUGACUCAUAAUUCUCUGAUGAAGGAGCGCCUUCAUUUGUGAUGAAGGAGUUUUUGUAUCCAUUCAUGUUUAUCCAAAGUGAACAGUAAUGACAUUUGCCACUCCUAAAAAGAAUUGCCUUUUGUAUGUUUGUUUCAGAAUAUGUCAAAACUGAACCUGGGACCCAAUUGCAAUACAAUCUUGUGAAGAGAAUUACAUGUUACAUUUACUCUUUUUGUACCCAUAGUUGCAAAAAUAAAUAUAAAUAUGCCUUAUUUGCCGUCUUUAAGUCUGAGAGCCAGAGGCUUUCAAGAAGCUUUGGUGCAUGCAUGUCACAUGUACUGUACUGUCAGUAGUAAUUCAUUAUACUAUAUCUAUAUUUUGGUCAGAAACAUGUGUUUUUUGUACUGUUUCCAUUGUGAUGUUGGUUUAAGGUUUGAUUUUGAGGCAUUGAGCUAUUGUUUUCCUAACUUGCCUGGGCAUUUAAGUAGAUUAAGGAUUCUUCUAAAGAUAUAAUGUCUAAAAGCACUGCAGUAAUCAAUAUAUGUUCCUGUGAGAGUGAACUUGUUAUUUUUUAUAAAAUACUAUGAAAUUUAAA